AUGGAGGAGGACCCACACCAGCCGGUGCCAGACAGACUGGAAUUGAUUGUGGAGAAGAAGCAGCAGCUUAAAAGUCUCCUCGGCGGGGAGACAAAAUAUGGGGAGCAACACCUCAUACAGCAGAUGAUUGGCAUCUCCAGAGACCUGAGCACAUUCCACCUGGAAGAAGUCGCAAUUUGGGGGGAGACCCUACAGGCUUUCUUAGAAACAUUGUCAUCAGGAACUUCUCAGGAACACCAAACAGACAAAGCCCCAACCACCUGGAAGGCCUUCAGCAUUGCGGAUGCCGUGCGCAGCUUGUUGGAGGAUCUGAGAAGCAUUGAGAGUUACUUACAGAGCAUGCAAAAUAAGUUAGACACUGCAGUUUACCAGGCCUCAGAUCGUGAUGGAGAUAACCAGGUCUCAUGUGGCAUGGAGCUUAAGCGGUCCUCACACUCUGAAGGACCGGAGCCCGCGUCCCCACAAAAUGAGCAGGGGAAUACAGCGGGCCCCCACAAUGUUGACAGUGACUCCAACUCCCAUAACACACCAGACCCCCCUGCUGUCAAUUCUGAUGUUGAUGAUGCCGAGCAGAUGCUUGUGAAGGUGGAGAUAUCAGCCCAGCCCUCUGAAGCGGGUAAUGGAGGUGUUGUGGAUGGAGGUGAUGUGGUUGUGGCUGAUGCCCGCAGCAGGGAGGAGGGAAUCCCAGGUGGUGGAGCAGUGGAUCAAGGGAUGGAGGAGGGGGAUGGGGGAGGUGCCGGAGGAGAAGAACAACAGGAGAGGAGGGAAGACUGGGUAACAUGCGCCCUGCCAGGACUGUCAGCGGACGGGGAGGGUGAAAUCCCAAACUCUUGCUACGUGGCAGCCCCAGGGGCCAUGGCCCGGGUCAUGACCUGCGAGGUGGCCGACUCCGCCAGCUCCCGCGUGGUGUCUGGGGCCGAGGAGCUGGUCAGCAGCGUGCUCGCCAUUCGGACCCCAGACCCGGUGAGGACUCCCUGCCCCGUGUCCGUCGCCAUCCCCUUCACCAGCCGGCACAGGGGGAGCUACCGAGACAUCGUCGUGAAGGUCAUCGACGGGGAGGGACAGACCUGCUACAUCAGCCCCGUCUCUACGGAGGGCGUGUAUGGAGGAAAGAGGGGCUCUUUUGCAGAAGUUAAAGUCUACAAGCUGGGUCUGUUUGCAGUAGUGUCAUGCUUACGGAGAGAAAGCUUCACCGUCCCCAGAAAAGGACUCUCUCUGAAGCUUAGCAUGGAUUCAAGGAUUUGCUUUGAUUACUUACCAGGGACAUUCUCUGCCCCAGUAAUUGUGCAAGCCAUGAUCCAGCCAGUGGACACCUCCUUCCUCUCGAUGCUGAAAUGGAGGAGUGAUGUAUACCAGGGGGUACUGUCUACGAGUACGCUGGUGUACCUGACUCACCCCUCCACCGUACACUUUCGCAGACCCCUUACCCUCACCCUGCCCUGCCCCCCAAACCCUGACCGCAAGAAGGCAGGGGAGGAGCCCGACCACAAUCGGCCAACUACCGCCAUCAUGGCGGCCAGGCCCGCCCUUCGUGUGAGCAGUGCUGCAGUAAAGAGCUCCAGAGAGACAAGGAAUGAGCAGCUGGCUUUGCUGGGGUAUAAGGAGGAGCAAUGGAUGGUCUUGGAGGACAUUACAGUCCGGAACAUGCAGAAUGGACUUGUGUCCUUCGAACUGACAGAGAACAUCCAGAGGUUACUCGUUCUGCGUCUGGCUUCCUCCGUGAGACCUGUGCAUUUGGUCUCUCUGGUGGAGGAGGUGGAGGCCUUGGUCCACAGCUCCCGGGUCACAAUCGUGCUGUACCAUCGGACAGACCAACCCCAGAGCGUAGUGGUAGCCCUGGUGACCAGUAAGGAUCUGAGCUGGGAACUGGCCAAGCUUCGCAAGGAGGGGUACUGCGGACCCCCGGACCCCUCGGGCGAUAUCGCCAUGCGAGAGGGCGAACAGCUCCUGCUGUCCUUCAGGGGAAACAUCACAACCUCAGGGACCAGCAGUGGGUCGGUGACUGAGACAAUCACGUUCCACAACCAGCGAAAGAACCGCUUGUUCUUGCACCUAACCGAAAUAGACGAGUUUGGGAAUUACAGUUCCCCUCACUAUAAAGGGACCGCCAUCUUUCACAGAGUCACCAAGGAUCAACUGACCCCAGCUGGAGACACUCCCAUCACUUCCCCAGAUGGCUCACCCCAAAACCCUGUCUGCAAACUCUCUUUAACAUUGCCAAAGAAAGUGAGAACCAUCAGUCGCCCAGUGAGUGCCAAAGUGAUGUCAUCUGAACAGUCAGCUCCCCCGCUCCUCCCUCCAGACGCCCUCUCGGACGAGCUGCUCCGCUGGCUGUCGGAGGAGCUGACGGAGGAAGACGCCGCCCUGCUGGUGAUACGCCUGCGUGUGCGGCGGAGCUCCAUCCAGCUGGCCAAGCUGAAGGUGCCCGACCGCCUGGCCCAGCAGGUCUUCCACCUGCUGGCCGUGUGGAGGAGGAGCCUGCCCACCUCCGCCGACAAGAGCGGCCUGCUCUCCCGCUACCUGCGUAAGAGCGGCCGGCCGGACCUGGCCAAGGAGCUGCUGGGACAGUGCGCCAGCCCCGUGAAUGGCUGA